AGUUUCGCAUUGUGUGAUUGUCAACAUUCAACAAUCGCUCUUAGAUAAAAUUGUUUAUUCCUGUGAGUUUAGUGUUUAUGUUAAUUCUUACCUAUUUAAUUAGAAAAACUGCUAUCAGACAUUGUCAACAGAAAGGAGCAAGUAUUUGUAAUAUUUGGCAUAUGUUUGAGAAGAUCUUGUAACUACUGAAACUAUAGCAAAAUGCCUGUGUUGGAAUCAUGUUGGUCACCAUGUAUUUGGUCGUCAAAUGUGAAGAGUGGCAGCCGGGCGGUGGCAGUAUAUACAGCAGCAAUGAGCUUGGUGCUGAUAAUAUUUAUAUGCUAUCAAAUGGAUGGCGGUGACUCUACACAGUUAUGGAACCCCCUGUUUGAGGCAGAUGUAAGGGGUUCUCUGCAAGUGUUUGGAAUCAUAUUCAUUUGCAUUCUGGUGAUUCUUAUUGCCUCGUCCGUGUUAAUGGUAAUAGGCAUCAACAUUUGGAUGAGAGGUUUCAUCUUGCCAUGGCUCAUAACAAUGGGACUUAUCAUACUCUUCCAGUUUAUAUUUGGUCUAUGGUUGCUCGGAGGAUAUUAUAUCUAUCUUGACGCUACAAUGGCUGCCUUCAUAGAUUUCCUGUGGAUGUCUUAUAACAUUUACUGCUGGCUCUGCGUGCUAUCCCAAUACCAAAUUAUACUCGAAAUGCAGUCGCCGAAUAUUGAGAUUUUAAUCGAAUAUUGAGAUAUGAAGUAGAUUUAAUAAGUAAUUUUUAAUUUAAUUAUGUAGAGAUAGUUUAAUCUAAAACCACAACAGGAAAUACAUGAUGCAAUACUUUACGUUAGUAACCUUGUUGUACUUAGGAAUACUUUGGAUCACGAGGUCUUGAGUUCUACUUUCGGUUUGGAAAGUCUCCGUUUUGAGUCGUGUUUGGAAAACGGUGUCGCCCAUCCAUGUGCCUCAGGGAGCAGUUUAUUUUCAAUGUUAUAGCAGCGUUGCAGCUCUUACGCCCUUAAGUUAAUCCAAAAUCUUUAGAUGGCAGAUUUAAUUGAAGUAGUGCUAUCCUUAUCUAUAGGGAAGAGUAGGAAAAGGAUAGUACUACUAAACUAAAUCUGUAAUGGCGUAAAGCCAUCUUUUGUAUAAAUAUAAGAUUGAUUUACGCCCAAAAAUCUUCAGAUUGCAGUUUAAAUUUUUUUAUUUUAAACGUCCUUUACGUCCUUUUUUUUUAAAGAUGUCCCUACCAAACAGUGCGAACUUAAUCUGCUCAGAAUAUAUAUGUAAUGGGAUUUGAAAAAUGACGGCUAACUUUAUGCUUUCGUCUCAUAAAAUUGGGUAAUACGUAAUGAUUCAAUAAUGACUACAUACUAACAUUGAAACAAGCAGUUUUUGAUUAGAACAUCUCUACUUUUUUUUUUAUAUGUCGAGGCAAUAAAAUUAGAUAAAUAAAAACCAAGUUGUAGAUAUUACGGUGGUAAUGCGAACUUCGUUAUUCGAAUAGAGCACAAAUUCGUAUGAACACUGAUUUGUAGGGUAGAAUAUAUUUUAUGUGUUCAACUGUUUACAAAGAUAUGUUAUAAUGAAAUGUAUUUAUCAUAUUACAUAGUAUUUUGUAAAAGGGGCUUUGAAUAUUUUGGCUUACCUAGUCGGCCGCCAUUUUGUGAAACUCAAAAACUGUCGUGUUUGCCAUAAACUUAUUAUAUGUAUGGGUCAUUGAACCAAAAAACACCAAUUCAUUGGUGCUAAAAUUUGAAAAGAGCACCAAAAUUGUAUCCUAUAUUUAAGAAAGUGCCUGAGCCAGUUGAGAAUAUGAAUCUACAUGUAAUUUAAGUUAAUUAGGUUUAUAAGUAAAUGAUCGGGGAUCCACUUUGUCUAAUUUAUGCCCACAGGUGGCGUUUGAGUCGAAAGUCAAAGUCAAAUAUUUCUUUAUUCAACAAGGCAUAAAGAUGGCACUUUUAAUGCGUUUAGUUACACAUAAUAUGUACAUAGUAGUGCGAUGAUAGCUAUUACAACAUUUGUAAAAACUAUGAAGGUUUCAAUUGCGCCCUGGUCUAGAAGAAGUCCGCAAUAAAAUUAGCCGGCAUAAGCGAUUACUUGAAACCACCGUAUAUUGAAGUCAAUAAUAUUGGCUUAGACUAUAAACAUAAAAGCAGUGAUAGCCUAGUAGCUAAGAAUUCCGCUUCCCUUUCGGUUGGACCGAGUCCGAUACUUAGCAAGCACCUCUAAUUUUUAGAGUUAUAUGCAUUUUAAAUUGAAGCAAUUAAAUAUCACUUCUUUGACGGUGAAGGAACCUUCGUGAGGAAACCUGCAUGCCUGAGAGUACUCCAUAACGUUCUGAAUGGCGUGGGAAGUCUACCAAUUCGCACUUGUCACAGUUUUCUCAUUCUGAGAGUUAGACGAAACAAUCGUUAAGUGUAUCAAUGUAAAAAUUUCAGAUGAAAUAAACAGUGUUAUUUUCAAUUUGACGGGGUAGUACCCUGUGGCGCCAUCUGAGAUUAGCUUUGCUUGUGGAUCCCCAUUGUCUGAAAAUCCGUCCAUAUUGUAUUUAUAAUAAUAUUUAGAUUUAGAUUAAAAUUUGUUGUCCGUUGCAUUCCAACUAAAUACUUAUAGCAUAUUAAUAAAUGCGGCAGUAAAAACUACGCCGAAGACGGCGUACUCGGGUCAGUUCCUUAAAAUACUUAGACAAAUCAAGAAAAAUUAACUGAAUGGCAAGAAUGAAUGGAAGAUAUAAAGAUCAUAUUUGAAUGUUUUAUUUUCAGUUGAUGUUUAAUGCCUUAGAACUGUAUCUCUACCAGUGAUAAUCUGUCAGCUGUAUUUACAAACAUCAGAUUUCUGGAACUUGCCCUGUGCGUUCGGAAACACUGUGAGACUAAAGAUUAUGAAUUUGGCUGAGUCGUUAGAGCGGUGAAAUUUAGCACUUUAAUUUAAAAUGCCACCGAAAAAUGUAUUUAUAUUUAUGACAUAUUGUGUUUUAUAAAAUCAUGUUUAAUUAUUUUUUAUGAACCAUAGAAAUAUAAGUUAUGACAUUUUUUAUACAUA